CAGAGAAGAGGCAAGAUUCAAAUACCUAGCUUUAUUUGGGUAACUCCCUUGGAGCCUCUUUAAUGAAAGAUAAACCCUGGAGUUGCUGUUGCGUUAAAGAUGGGGUGGAAGAAAGGAUGUUAAAACAAACCAAGAUGCAAGCAAGAUGUUAUAGAUUUGUAGGCACAAGUGGGUUGGAGUAAGAGGAAAUGAUGAAUUUACUGUUACUUUGUCUCUUGACUUUGGCUUUUGCUGACCCUGUAACAAGCAAGCCUCACAGAACACAUACGGUUUCACUGAAGACACCAGUGACACAGAAUGGAAAGGAAUCUUGGGAUCUUGACAAGUUAAGUGAAGGAGAAAAGCUACCUGCUGUAAUAUCCUUAGAAGCAAGCAGUCAGGAAAAACAGGAUGAAGAAGAUACUGAGCAGAAUGCUUCACCUGUGCUACUCAGUGAAGAGGCACAGACAAGUCAAGAUGAUGACCUGGACAGACGAAGGGGAUCCCAGGAUUUGGCAGAUGGUUUAUCAGCAGAUGAACCAGAUGAUAAAGGCAAUGAUAGUGAAAGCAGCUUUCAGGAGAUUGGCAGCAGUACAGAGACUGAAAUACUUACAGAUAUGGGCUAUACUGAAGACAAGGAUGAUCAGGACAGCCGAGAGGUCAGGGAAGAUGAUGGAGAAUCAAACAUUGACAGUGAUGACUAUGAUUCCCAAGGAAAACACAGAGGUAGGAACCAGUUUGAACCAAGAGGUAUUCUGGAAGAGGGCAUGAGUGAAAGUCCAGAGGUCAACGAAGAAGAGGGUGAUGACGUUGAGAGCAGUCAAUCCAAAGACACAGGGAGUGAGCCCAAAAACAAAGACGACAGUAACAACAACCUGCAAGAGGCCACAGAUACAGAACCAGAAGGAACAGAGAGCAGUGCGGAGGAGCAGCAGGAAAGCAAUGCCAGUCGCAUGAAUGGCAUAUCAAAAAACGAAAAGAAAAGCCACAGUGGAAAAACAUCUAGUGAACAUGGAGCUCAAGAAAGACCGGAUGGGGGGCAUGGGGUUCUUCAGAUGAGGGAGAACACAGUCCCUAAAACCAAAAAGAGGAAAUCAGGAAAAUGGACAUCAGUGAUUGGGAUUAGUCCUGUUCAGAAAAGGGCUGCUGAGGAGGUUUACCUCCAGGAACAGCUUUCCAGAGAUGAGGACACGCAGGAAGCAGAUGUCAGUCCCUGUGAAAACUUCCGUUGCAAACGAGGCAAAAUCUGUCAAGUUAACAAAGAAAAUGAUCCCGAGUGUGUCUGUCAGGAUCCCUCCUCAUGUAUUUCCAGCAAAGGGGAAUUUGAGCAUGUGUGUGGAACUGACAACAAGACCUAUGACACAUCUUGUCAGCUUUUUGCUACAAAGUGCAAUCUUGACGGAACUAAAAAAGGCCAUAGACUUCACUUAGAUUACGCUGGACCUUGCAAAUACAUUGCACCUUGUCAGGCCAAUGAGCUGGCACAGUUCCCUCUGCGCAUGCGCGACUGGCUGAAAAAUGUUUUGCUACAGCUUUAUGAACAUGACAUGAAGUCUCCUGGCUUUCUUACCCCUAAGCAGCGCACAAGGGUUCAGAAGAUGCAUGAGAGUGAGAGACGGCUUCAGGCAGACGAUCACCCCAUUGAGACGCUGGUCAGAGACUUUGAAAAAAAUUACAACAUGUAUAUCUACCCAGUGCACUGGCAGUUUGCACAGAUGGACCAACACCCUGCUGACAGGUACCUCUCCCACUCUGAGCUGGCUCCGCUGCGUGUGCCCCUGGUGCCUAUGGAGCACUGCACCUCCCGCUUCUUUCAGGAGUGUGACGCUGACAAAGACAAGCAGGUGUCUUUCCGGGAGUGGUGCGCCUGCUUCGGCAUCAAGGAAGUGGACAUGGAUGACAAGCUCCUAUUCUAACACCAGUCGACGAUGUCCAAAAGCAGCUCAAACAAGUGGAUUUUGUAGCCCUGAAGAUACAAAAUUCUCACUUUCUGUACUGUAAGAGUCUGGAGAAAUGAGUUUGUAGAUGUAUGUGUGUUACGUGUGUUACGCAAAAUACAACAGAAUACAAAGAUGAUCUCCAGCCCUUUGCUGUCUCUCAAACACUGAACAGACAAAGAAGAACAAAUAAAUGGUAUAUGUUAGGGUAACUACAAAGUCUGAAAAUAUGCAAUUCCAUUUUUAUAAAAUCUACAGUAUGUUAACUGUAUUUGAGUAUAUACAGUUACUAAGUGAGUAUGAGUAUAUAACCAUUAUUAACCAAAUGUUGUGUGUAUUAGUCACAGGGAAUAAUACUUUGUGUUGUAAGAGCACAGGUAAAACUUGGUACAUCUUUGGAAGUACAGCAAUGAUCCUCCUAUUGUUCUUCACAGUCAGUAUUGUUUAUUUAACAAACAGUGGCUCUAAAAUGCUUUCUUUCAGUGUCAUGCUACUUUGUAUUAACACUUCUAAUAAACAGACUUUUUAAU